AGGUAAAAAUAAAAUGGCGGAUCUUGACGGGGGAGAAACAGUAGAAACAAAAUGGAAGACUUUGAGUUUAACUUACGUGGAGUAUCCGGAGGGUGAUAAGCUAGGAAUGGUGUUUGCUAUCUACUCCCUGACUCCCCUGGUGAUAGUGAUUAUCCUAGCUACUCUGUUCUUCUCUAGGCGGGAUAUCCACACCUUCACACUAGGAAUUGGAGUAAUUUUGAAUCACAUUCUAAACCAUUUCCUGAAGCACUACUUUGCCGAGGCUAGACCAAUCAUCAGAGAUGUCGUCUUCGAGGGUCACGGAAUGCCUUCCAACCACAGUCAGUAUAUGUGGUUUGUUUCCACCUACCUUGUUCUAUUUCUUAAGUAUAGAUUGCAUCAUAUUGGGAACUGUAUGGAAACUAUUUGGAAGGUGUUCUGUGGUCUCCUUAUCCUAGCUUCAGCAGGACUGAUGGCCUACUCUAGGGUAUACCUGGAGUACCAUACUGUUUCCCAGGUGGUAUGGGGCUCUGUGAUUGGUGCAUUUUCUGCUUUAGUUUGGUUUCUGAUAACCCAUUAUAUUUUUACUCCAUUCUAUCCAACAAUUGUUGGGUGGAGGAUUUCAGAAUUCUUUUUAGUCAGAGACUGUACGAGUAUACCAAACAUCAUGUGGUUCGAAUUCUUGAAUACCCGAGCCGAGGCGCAUUCAAGAAAGAAGAAAGAGAGAAAGACAAAGUAGUUCUUAAUCCAAUGGACACGGAAAGUUAAUGGAAUUUAUGCUUUUAACGUAUUUUUUUAUUGAGUUUAAUUUCUAUUCAAAUGCUAGACUGGGACUUUAGAAACCUCUGCUUGCAGAAGACGAUAUAUAUGAUUUUAAAUCCUAAUCUGUGAUUUUUUUCAUCACGCUGUUACUUAACUUCUCUAAAGGGACUGAAGGCGUAAUUUCAAGUGAAUUGUAUAGCUUGUUUGAUUCACAAAGGCACCAUUUAAACCUUUGUUUAAGCUUAUCUCUCUUAACAUGUAUGGUCACUUGAAAUUACGUUUAUUGUUCCGCCUUUACGCCUUUCUUGUUCAUGAAAAUAAUUUUGUUCUCAGAUCAUAGAAUUCAUGACUAUAGCAUAUUUUAUAAUGCUUUGUAAAUAUUAGAGCCUGCCUGAAUUUUAGCUAUACACAUUCAAAACCAAUCAUGACAUUUUUAUGCUUACUAAAUGAAACAGGUAUGUUUUAGUUAGUUAAUAUCUCUUUUUUGAUGAGUGAACAUCCCUUUCUUAGUUUUCUGACGUUUAAAUUAUUAAAAAUCACAAAAUCAUUUUUUUUUCAUAGCUUAACAAUCUAGAGUUUCGCUAGUUUCUAGUAGAUUUCUAGUUUUUUAACUUUAACAAUAAUUUAUUGAUUAAAGGGUGUGGGCACACGCUCACACAUACACAUAAAACGAUACAUUAGUAAACCUGAUUCCAAUGUGUUAUUGAGAUCUUUCUAUUGUUUUAUUUUGCCCAAGAUCCGAUAAGAGUUAUGUUGCAUUGUUGUCCCAAAAAACUUGACCAUGGGUAUCAAUAUUUACCAUAGUGAACACUUUUUUUACGCGUGCUGAUUUUGCUUCCUGUUUUUCCUUAAUCUUAACUAUUAGGUUUGGAUGAUUGAUAUUGAAUUUUAUUACUCACUUGUACCAUUCAUUUGCUAAUAACUUGGUAUAGACUGGAUUUUUACAACAUAAUGGAGUAAUGUUCUAUUUUUCUUCUCUAAAAUAAAGAGAGAGAAGAGGAAAAGUAAAAAAAUUUAAAAAUAAGAUUUUUUUUGUUUAAAAAAUUGGUUUGGUUUUCUCUUACUAUUCUCUUACGUCUAUCAUUUCCUUUCUUGUUUUUUGUUCUUUACUUUCUCUGGCUCCGUGAAAAAUUCUCUCUCAUUUUCUCCUUAUGCUGUCCUUCUGCACUUUAAUUGGAUCAGCCUGUGUAAAUGUCAUGUCCAUCAGUGCCCAUAUUUUGUCUAUUAAUUGACAAAAAAACGCAACACUCCGGUUAGAAUACACUUCCCCGUCCUGCUUUUAAUAAAAAAAAAAAGACAAGACGUCAUCAGCUGUUAGGAAUUAGUUUUACUUAUUAUUUAAUUAACUGGCAUAUGUUUUAAACCUAUGUACAUCAAACAUAAUAAAUUGUAAACAAUAUAAUGUCGAUCAGAUAAUAAAAAAGAAACAAUUUUUU